GUCAAGACACCGUCUAGUUGAGGAAACAGGCAGGAAAAUAGGCAGUGACAACCCCCUGUGAUAUGUGCUAGAAUGGAGAUGAAUGUGGGAGCACCUGGUGGAGCACACUUUACCUACAGUGGGAGUCACAGCGGGCUUCCUGGAGGAGGUGGAGCUGUGCUGAGUCUUGAAGGACAGUGGAUGAGGGUGGGGAUAUUUCAGCCAGAGGGAACAGGUUGUGCCUGGAAACAGGGGCCUGGAAAUGGCGUGGUUCGUUUUAGGGGGUCCUAAGCAGUUUGGAUUUCAAGGAAUGAAGUGGGGCAGGUGGGUGGAAGAUGGUGCUGGAGAGGGGCCAAGGCCAGCUCAUGCAGGGCUUGGAGCACUCUACCAGGAGCUUGCUGUGGUGUUCUUUUGCAGAUGUGGACGAGUGUGCCCAAGGGCUGGAUGACUGCCACGCCAAUGCCCUGUGUCAGAACACACCCACCUCUUACAAGUGCAUCUGCAAGCCUGGCUACCAGGGGGAGGGCAGGCAGUGUGAGGACAUUGAUGAAUGUGGAAAUGAACUCAACGGAGGUUGUGUCCAUGACUGUUUGAAUAUUCCAGGCAACUAUCGCUGCACUUGUUUCGAUGGCUUCAUGUUGGCUCAUGAUGGUCACAAUUGUCUUGAUGUGGACGAGUGCCUGGAGAACAAUGGCGGCUGCCAGCACACCUGCCUCAAUGUCAUGGGGAGCUAUGAGUGCCGCUGCAAGGAGGGAUUUUUCCUGAGUGACAAUCAGCACACGUGUAUUCACCGCUCAGAAGAGGGUCUGAGCUGCAUGAAUAAGGAUCACGGCUGUAGUCACAUCUGCAAGGAGGCCCCAAGGGGCAGCGUCGCCUGUGAGUGCAGGCCUGGUUUUGAGCUGGCCAAGAACCAGAGAGACUGCAUCUUGACCUGUAACCAUGGAAAUGGUGGGUGCCAGCACUCCUGUGAGGACACAGCUACAGGCCCAGAGUGUACUUGUCAUCCACAGUACAAGAUGCACACAGAUGGGCGGAGCUGCCUCGAGCAGGAGGACACUGCCCUGGAGGUGAUGGAGAGUAACACCACAUCAGUGGCAGAUGGGGAUAAACGGGUGAAACGAAGGCUGCUCAUGGAAACAUGUGCUGUCAACAACGGAGGUUGUGACCGCACCUGCAAGGAUACUUCAACAGGUGUUCACUGCAGUUGUCCUGUCGGAUUCACACUCCAGCUGGAUGGGAAGACCUGUAAAGAUAUUGAUGAGUGCCAGACCCACAAUGGAGGUUGUGAUCAUUUCUGCAAAAACACCGUGGGCAGUUUUGACUGCAGCUGCAAAAAAGGAUUUAAAUUGUUAACAGAUGAGAAGUCUUGCCAAGAUGUGGAUGAGUGCUCUUUGGAUAGGACCUGUGACCACAACUGCAUCAACCACCCUGGCACGUUUGCAUGUGCUUGCAACAAAGGGUACACCCUCUACGGCUUUACACACUGUGGAGACACAAACGAGUGCAGCAUCAACAACGGAGGCUGUCAGCAAGUCUGUGUGAACACAUUAGGCGGCUAUGAAUGCCAAUGCCACUCUGGGCACAAGCUCCAUUGGAAUAAAAAGGACUGUGUGGAAGUGAAGGGGCUCCUGCCCAGCGGGACGCCCCACGUGUCCCUGCAUUGCGGUAAGAGUGGUGGAGGAGACAGGUGCUUCUUAAGAUGUCACUCUGGCACUCAAAUUUCUUCAGGACUGCAAGAGGCCUACUCUGUCACCUGCGGGGCUUCCUCUCCUCUCAGGAGCAAACAGCAAAACACAAAUGAUUCUGCUUUUGGGGAUGUCACCACCAUCAGGACAAGUGUAACCUUUAAGUUAAAUGAAGGCAAGUGUAGUUUGAAAAAGGCUGAGCUGUUUCCUGAGGGUCUGCGACCAGUACUACCAGAGAAGCACAGUUCAGUAAAAGAGAGCUUCCGCUACGCAAACCUUACAUGCAGCUCUGGCAAGCAAGUCCCAGGAGCCCCUGGCCGACCAAGCACCACUAAGGAAAUGUUUAUCACUGUUGAGUUUGAGCUUGAAACUAACCAAAAGGAGGUGACAGCUUCUUGUGAUCUAAGCUGCAUUGUAAAGCGAACAGAGAAGCGACUCCGGAAAGCCAUCCGCACACUCCGGAAAGCUGCCCACAGGGAGCAGUUUCACCUCCAACUAUCAGGCAUGGAUCUGGAAGUGGCUAAAAAGUCUCCCAGAACAUCUGAACUCCGAGCAGAGUCCUGUGGAGUGGGUCAGGGCCAUGUGGAAAGCCAAUGUGUCAAUUGCAGGGCUGGGACAUAUUAUGAUGGGGUGCAAGAACGCUGCAUUUUAUGUCCAAAUGGAACUUUCCAAAAUGAGGAAGGACAAAUCACAUGUGAACCAUGCCCAAGACCAGAAAAUCCUGGGGCCCCGAAAACUCCAGAAGCCUGGAAUGUGUCUGAAUGUGGAGGUCUGUGCCAACCUGGUGAAUAUUCCACAGAUGGCUUUGCCCCCUGCCAGCUCUGUCCCCUGGGCACAUUCCAGCCUGAGGCCGGCCGUACUUCCUGUUUCCCCUGUGGAGGAGGCCUCCCCACCAAACACCUGGGAGCCCCUUCCUUCCAGGACUGCGAGACCAGAGUACAAUGUUCGCCUGGACAUUUCUACAACACCACAACUCACCGGUGUAUCCGUUGCCCAGCAGGAACAUACCAGCCUGAAUUUGGAAAAAAUAAUUGUGUUUCCUGCCCAGGAAAUACUACGACUGACUUUGAUGGCUCCACAAACAUAACCCAGUGUAAAAACAGACAUUGUGGAGGGGAGCUGGGAGAUUUCACUGGAUACAUCGAAUCCCCAAACUACCCAGGCAAUUACCCAGCCAACACCGAGUGUACGUGGACCAUCAACCCACCUCCCAAGCGCCGCAUCUUAAUUGUGGUCCCUGAGAUAUUCCUGCCCAUAGAGGACGACUGUGGAGACUACCUGGUGAUGCGGAAAACAUCUUCCUCCAAUUCUGUGACAACAUAUGAGACCUGCCAGACCUAUGAGCGUCCCAUUGCCUUCACCUCCAGGUCAAAGAAGCUGUGGAUUCAGUUCAAGUCCAACGAAGGGAACAGUGCCAGAGGGUUCCAGGUGCCGUACGUGACAUACGAUGAGGACUACCAGGAACUCAUUGAAGACAUUGUUCGAGAUGGCAGGCUCUAUGCAUCUGAGAACCAUCAGGAAAUACUUAAGGAUAAGAAACUGAUCAAGGCUCUGUUUGAUGUCCUGGCCCACCCCCAGAACUAUUUCAAGUACACAGCCCAAGAGUCCCGAGAGAUGUUUCCAAGAUCCUUCAUCAGAUUGCUACGUUCCAAAGUGUCCAGGUUUUUGAGGCCUUACAAAUGACUGCCACUUGCCAUUCAGUACACAUGUUCCGCCUGUGGGCUUGGUGGGACAGAGCCUUCUGCUCUGCAUGCUAGCACACAGUUGGAUAGCACUGCCUCUGGUAUCAGUAACUCGUUAGAGUUCAA